AUGAGGCUCGCCGGAUUGAGACCUCAAAAGAUCGAGGUCGAACCAGGGACUGUCAUGAACAUCUGGGCUCCGACCCGAUCCAAGAAGAAUGCCAACAACGGUAAAAAACUUGCCGUCGUCUUCCUCCACGGCUUCGUUGGCGACGGCAUCCUGACGUGGCAGCUCCAAGUCCUCGCCCUCGCGAGGGACUAUGCAGUCUACGCGCCGGACCUCCUCUUCUUCGGUGGUUCCUCCACCGGCAACGGCGGCCGGACUGUGGGAUUCCAGGCGGAGUGCCUGGCAAGGGGGCUGGCAAAGCUGGGAGUGCAGCAGUGCACAGUGGUCGGGUUCAGCUACGGCGCGAUGGUGGCGUUCAGGUUGGCCGAGUUGCGGCCUGAGCAGGUCGAGUCCGUGGUGGCGACGUGCUCUGGCCCGGUGCUGACGGAGUCGCUGAGCCGAGAGUGCUUAGAGAGCUCCUUUAUCCUUUUGGUUCCAACAUUUCCGUCCAACGUGCUGAUCAAGUUCAAGGACGAGCUUGGCCACAUGACUAUUCAUGAGGAGAGCCUUCAUUUUGAUGUGGAGAUAGAGAAGAUCCGAAAAUUUGGGUCAUUUAAGAGAAGCUAA